AUGAAUCGUUUUGCAAUUGCACAGGAACCUCCUUACCUCGAUAUUGGCGAAUCGAAAGAACACCCGAAAGAUACGGCUCGGCAGAAUGCAGAUGCGCCAGCGGACAAUUUCGAUGACGAAGAACCUACGAACAAAGUCGACAAGUUAUGUUUACCUGCGGAAUUGCAAUCGCCGAAAAUGAUCAUUGAGGAACAGAUGGACAAGGUGGUGACGAAAAUUGAUCCUUACAAUAAGGAUGCUGAUUCGGUCCACACGUCCGUGAUGAAUACAGAAGAUACAUCGGAUGCCAUGGAGAAGCUGAAAGAUGCUACCGAACUGACGAAUGAGUCGUUGGAAUUAUUGGACGAAGAAGGCAGACAUGAGGACAAUGCGGAUACGGUAGCAGACAGAGAAAUCCCAAAUUCCGCAGACGAAGAAGGAGCAACCAAUACGGUUGAUCAAGCACUGUCAGUCUCGGUGGGGGACAAAGAAAAUAAGGUUCAAAUGAAACAAGGAGCAACGUAUCGGAUCGAGAUGAGUCUCUGCGGUCUUUCUUCGUUUGGCGCAGACGAGAACGAGAACGCCACAAAGUUCACCGAACAUCAAAUGACUUACGACAAGUUCAUGCAUAACCCGAAUCUUUUGAACGACCCUCGACUUGUGUUUCGGUACGAAAACCGGUAUUAUGCGGCAGGGCGUACCGGUCCGUUGUUUACGUCGCUCUUGUUGUUCCGCAAGCCAUUGGAAGAUGUGAGUCGCCCGAUGGAAGGCACCGAUGCGUCGUCCAAGGUAUCCGACAGUCGCGAAUCGUACUUUUUCGGUAAAGGCUGGCGUCAGUGGUUAAGUCGAUCCAGUGUGGCUGCACCCAGUCAAUCCUCCUCGGACGAGAAUGAUUCCACCGCCACCUCAGAUACACCUGCCACCGCCAAGGAGGAAAGUGCCAAGGGCGAGACAACGACCUUUACCACCACGACGAUGACUACUUCUGUCGGCUGGUCCGCAGAACAUAAACACCCUGGAGAGGAAGAAGCUCAACCACUGCAAAAUGUACGCAGAAACUUUGCGAAAACGUUGCGUCUCACCUCUGAACAACUGAAAAGCUUAAAUCUGAACAAAGGAGUCAACACCAUUUCCUUUUCUGUCACAUCUGCGUAUCAGGGCACCGCCACCUGUUCGGCCAAGAUUUUUUAUUGGAACUACGAUAUCCAGAUCGUCAUUUCAGAUAUCGAUGGAACUAUCACCAAAUCAGAUACCCUGGGGCAUGUGUUUACCAUGAUUGGUAAAGACUGGACUCAUCCUGGUGUAGCCAAACUGUAUACGGAUAUUCACAACAACGGAUAUCAGAUUCUGUACCUGACGAGUCGCGCUAUCGGACAAGCCGAUUACACUCGCGAUUAUCUGAAGAAAGUGGAACAGAACAAAUACCAGCUACCGGACGGACCGGUCAUCAUGUCGCCCGAUCGACUGUUCACAUCGCUUCAUCGUGAGGUGAUUAUGCGAAAACCAGAGUUGUUCAAAAUGGCCUGUCUUCGUGACGUACAACGAUUGUUCGGUGGCCGAGAUCCAUUUUAUGCGGGAUUCGGUAACCGUAUCACGGAUGCUAUGUCUUAUCGCAGUGUGUCUGUCCCAGCGUCUCGUAUAUUCACGAUCGAUUCCAAUGGCGAUGUCAAACUGGAACUCUUGACGGGCUUCAAGUCAUCUUAUAUCCAUCUCAACGAUCUCGUUGACCAAAUUUUCCCUCCCAUCAACAAGGCCAUCGAUGAGCAAUACAAUGACUGGAAUUAUUGGAAAGCGCCCAUUGCCACGGUUGAUUUACCUGAAUUAGAAUCUGAGCCUACCCCCACCUCUCCGAAACCCAAACCUAUCAUACCUGAUCCAUCGGCGCUUCCUGCCGAAUCGGUGGCCGCUGCCGCUGAUCGACCGCAUCGCAGCAUUUUGCGUAGUUUCACAAGGUCCUCAACAACAGAUACUGGCGCCAAAAAACCAGUGGCCAAGAUCCAAUCCUCUUCAAGCUCAAGCACCAUUCACAGCUUCAGCAGCGGACGUGACAGCCCUAAAAGUGAACAUUCGUUUGAACGGUCAGAUACAAAGGAGUCAAGUGGCGAUUCGAAAUCCACAGCUGCGCAUGAGAAAACAGAAGAGACUGAAACUUAUUCCGCGCCUCCUUCAGCCCCUACUUCACGAUCUUCCUCAUCCAGUAUUAUGAAUAAGGUGAUUUCAGGCAGUUUUGGCGGUGUGCGUAGUAUGCUUUCUCGCUCUUCCGUCUCAUCAGCCGAUGCUUAUCCCAUUGCUCCCUCGACCGCCGAGUCAUCUACCGAAUCAAAGGAGAGUCAAACUACUGAGGACGAUGAUCUGCUAGGUCUAGAUGAUGAUAUAGACGAUGAGAUUGACAUGGACAAUAUUCCAUUCAUUUAA